CCAUGAUUUCUCUCGAGACAAUAAAAUAUACUCCUACUAGAGUGAUACAUACAAUUUCGUUUUAAGUUUAAUCCACCCAGCCCGGAAACCGACAGCUAAACCGCAGGAACUGAAACGAAAAACGAUGGAUCUACCCAACAUUAGAGCAGAGGAUAUCUCACUAUUAUAAUUUAUCUAUUCGACAAACGCUACAAUUUUACCCAAAUAUCAGCGCCGCGAAUAAAGAUCACAUGGACGCGAGACCGUGAGGUAAACAGAGAUGUGGGAAUCAAUUUGCUUAACGAUAGCGGCCACCGCCGGGAAUAACAUCGGCAAAGUCCUCCAAAAGAAGGGCACCCUAAUUCUUCCGCCCCUCUCUUUCAAGAUCAAGGUCCUAAGGGCGUAUGCUUCUAACAGAACAUGGAUCAUUGGAUUCCUAAUGGAUAUUGGUGGAGCUGUCUUGAUGCUUCUCGCACUAUCUCAAGCUCCUGUAUCAGUCAUUCAACCUGUUUCCGGGUGUGGGCUUGCAAUUCUUUCAGUUUUUUCUCAUUUUUAUCUGAAGGAGAUCAUGAACGCUAUUGAUUGGGUUGGUAUAGUUUUGGCUGGAAUUGGAACUAUAGGUGUUGGUGCUGGAGGAGAGGAGCAGACAGCUUUGCCGAUCUCAGUUUUCCAUUUACCAUGGCUAGCCUUUGUUGUGGCAUUCUUGUUUGUACUUCUUAAUGGAUGGCUUCGUGUGUUUAGACGCCAAAGAAGAGAACAAGAGUUGAUGCAAUAUGAAGUGGUUGAAGAAAUCAUUCAUGGUUUAGAAUCUGGCAUUUUAUUUGGGCUUGCCUCUGUAAUAUCAAAGAUGGGAUUCAUAUUCAUGGAGCAAGGAUUUUCCAAGCUAGUGCUUCCUAUUUGCAUUGCGAUAAGCAUAUCCUGCAGCGCAUCCGGAUUUUUUUACCAGACCCGUGGUUUGAAGCAUGGAAGGGCAAUAGUAGUGUCCACAUGUGCAGCAGUUGCUUCAAUAGUAACAGGCGUCCUUGCCGGUAUGUUCGCCUUGGGCGAACAGUUGCCUACAGCCCCAGUUGCUCGACUGAUGCUUCUUCUCGGAUGGUUAUUGAUCAUUCUUGGCGUUGUCCUGUUGGUAACGUCAACACGGCUGAUGAGACACCUUCCAAGGCCAUGGAGGCGCCUCGCUGGAGGUGGCAGCAGUGCGCAUAGACAAACAGGUUCAAGCCGGGCAAGAGAAACAAAUCCAAGCGCUGUUAUCCAAGCGAGCACACUUCAGCAUUUGAUGUCUUCAACCUCGAAAGAGAAAGCCUGAGUAGUUUUCAUUAAAUGGAUACUAUAGAGAGAGAGACAGCUCGGAUAGUGAUGAGUAGUGUUCGUAGACAAGUAAAUACGCCCCUGAAGGUGUGAAUUUUUUGUCCCAUCUCUGUGAUUGACUUGCACAUUCGUUUGAUU